UUUCACGGUGGCAUUUUACGACACACGUGUGUGUGUUGACGAACGGCCCAUUUUGCGACACCAUCAUGGAGGAUUCAGAAUCUCCCGCCACGAAAAAGCCGAAGCUUUCCGAGCAAAGCGAGGGGAAGAGCGACGUUUUAGAGGACGAAAGUGUCAAGAAUGACAGCGACUGGGAGGAGUCCUGCAGUACCACCAGCACCCCCACGGUGGACGACAACAUCUCCCGCUCAGACACACCCACCAACGUCUUCAGGAAGGGCAGGGGCAAGAACAGGAAGGCCAAGAAAGCCAAGCUGGCCUACAAGUGCACAAACUAUGUCAAGGAGGACCAUGGCCAGCCCCUGUUUGGUGUGCAGAUUUGUCCCUUCUACUACAAGGAGAGUCAGGCCAUCAUAUUUGCCACUGUGGGGAGCAACAGGGUGACCAUCUACGAAUGCCAUAAGGAGGGAAAGAUCAAGCUGCUACAGUCGUACUGUGAUGCUAACAUGGAGGAGAACUUCUACACCUGUGCGUGGACGUACGACGAGGUGGCGCGGCAGCCGUUGAUCGCCGUCGCCGGGCUCAGGGGUGUCAUCCGCAUCAUCAGCCCUGUCAGCAUGCAGUGUAUCAAGUUCCUGACAUAUACCUACUGCCUUCAGCAUGUCAAGCACUACACUGGGCAUGGCCACUCGGUAAAUGAGCUGAAGUUUCAUCCGUCAAAACCCAGCAUCAUGCUAUCUGUUAGCAAAGACCAUUCCCUCAGGUUGUGGAACAUCCAGACUGACACCCUUGUUGCCAUAUUUGGAGGUGUGGAAGGCCACAGAGACGAGGUUCUCAGUGCUGACUUUAACGCAGAGGGAACACGGGUCGUGUCUUGCGGAAUGGACCACUCCUUAAAGAUCUGGAAUAUUAACAAAGAAGAUAUCAACAAAGCGAUUCAGGACUCCUACGCAUACAACGCCUCCAAAAAUGACAAGCCUUUUAAGACAACGAAAAUCCACUACCCAGAGUUCUCCACUCGAGACAUUCACCGCAACUAUGUCGACUGUGUGAGAUGGCUCGGGGACCUGGUUUUGUCUAAGUCGUGCGAGAACUGCAUCGUGUGCUGGAAGCCUGGAACCAUCUUCAACCGUCUGGAGGACAUCACCCCCUCCAUCAGCAAUGUGACGGUCCUGCACAAGUUCCAGUACCACCAGUGUGACAUCUGGUACAUGCGCUUCAGCAUAGACUACUGGCAGAAGGUGCUAGCAUUGGGUAACCAGGUGGGAAGGCUGUUUGUGUGGGACCUAGGAGUGGAGGAUCCAGUCAAGGCCAGGUUGAGCACUUUGACCCACCCCAAGUGCACGUCCGCGAUCCGCCAGACCAGCAUGACGCGGGACGGAAACCUGCUCAUCAGCGUUUGCGAUGACGGAACCUUGUGGAGAUGGGACAGAACAAAAUGAAAAUGUCUCAGUUUUUACCUUGAUUGUAGGCAAACUGUAUAAACAGCAAUGGUGCUUGAUUUGGGUGGGCGGGUUUUAUACUUCGUAGUUUCAACCAAGGAGGUUAAUCUUGCUUCAACAGACUAUCCUAGCUGUCCAUCAAAUUUGCAGUUCAACCAAUGAGUGACCACAUGUUGGUCAAAUCCAGGUUAACUGUAGGUUUCUUUUUAUAAAAUGAUGGAGUAAUUUGAGCCAACCAUUCAUACAGGUUGUAAAAUGGAAGCUACAGCUUUGCAAUAAGAUGUUUAUACCUGGACAGAAGCUGUCUCCUUGAAGUACAAGAUUCAUUAUCCAUUCUUAGUAUUACAUGUACAUGUAUACCACAUCCUACCCUAACUUGUUGGCCAUACAUGUACAUGUUUAUCAUAAAUCAGUUGUGGAAUAGGUAUAAAGUCUCAAGUCUAUUGUAUAUUCUUCAGUUUUUUCUCAUUGGUCAGCAACAGUGCAUUUUUAAAGGCUAUCACUACAAACUAAAGGGUCCUCAUCACCUGACAAAUAACACAAACAAAGAAGUUUUUUAUGCGUAACAUUUCUCAGACCAACAUGUCCUUCAAUAUGUAUAUCUAGGAUCACUAAAGAAAUUCUUCAAGUCUACAGAGUAGUCUCCGUUAUUUUAUGUUACCAUAAACUCAUAAGUUUGUUUUAAGGAAAAGCAAUGAUAUUGUAACUUUAGAGAAAGAUCUGGAUUCAGGUCCAGAAUGUAUUAAAGAAUUCGAAGCAUUGAAAUCUUGUACUACUCAGUCCCUCAAAUCAAUUUUUUGUUGGAGCAAGUAAAGGAACCUUGGCAGUGAAUUCUGGGUACCCUAUAAUUAUGCACUUUGCUUCACUAUUUUAUAGGCCCAACAAACAGGAACUCUAUGUAAAAUUGGGAUGGAUACCAACUAUCUAUGUGAUUUCAACAGAAAUGCCAGUCUGAAUUACAUAAAUCCAUGCAGUAAGUCUAGGACCA